AUGGAAACGGUAAGAGCAGAGCAGUCCCAAGGUGCAUACUUCUUGCCUGAGUUUGCACUUUCUCCGCAGGGGAGUUUCCUUGAGGAUACCACGGGAGAACAAUUCCUCACUUACCGUUACGAUGACCAGACUUCCCGAAUUGCCCGCUCUGAUGAAGAUAAGGAAGGCUCCUGGGAUGCCUGGGGUGCCUGGAGUGAUUGCUCACGGACCUGUGGUGGGGGAGCCUCUUAUUCACUGAGGAGGUGUUUAAAUGGCAGGAACUGUGAAGGUCGGAAUAUUCGAUACAAAACCUGCAGUAGUAUUGAUUGCCCUUCAGAUGUUGGUGACUUUAGAGCACAGCAGUGUUCAGCCUACAAUGAUGUGAAAUACCAGGGACAUUUUUAUGAGUGGGUCCCCGUGUAUAAUGAUCCUACUGCACCAUGUGCCCUGAAAUGUCAAGCCCUGGGAAAGAACUUGAUUGUGGAGCUUGCCCCGAAGGUACUAGAUGGUACUCGUUGCAAUAUUGAAUCCCUGGAUAUGUGCAUCAGUGGAAUAUGCCAGGCAGUAGGCUGUGAUCGACAACUUGGGAGCAAUGCCAAGGAAGACAACUGUGGAAUCUGUGCAGGAGAUGGUUCAACAUGCAGGCUUGUGAGGGGACAAGCUAAGGCACAUGUCUCACCAGAAAAAAGGGAAGAAACAGUGAUUGCUGUACCACACGGGAGUCGCAGUGUGAGAAUCACCCUGAAAGGACCAGCACACCUUGUUAUAGAAUCAAAGACACUACAAGGAGACAAGGGAGAGCACAGCUUUAAUGUUCCUGGAACAUUUGUCAUAGAAAAUACAACUGUUGAAUUUCAGAAGAGUACUGACAGGGAAAUCAUAAAAAUCCAGGGACCUCUUGGAGCAGAUUUCAUUAUCAAGACCAGGUACUCUGGAGCAAAAGAAAGUGUCGUCCAGUUCUUUUUCUAUCAACCCAUCAGUCAUCAGUGGAGACAAACAGAGUUCUUCCCCUGCACAGUGACAUGUGGAGGAGGUUAUCAGCUUAACUCAGCUGAAUGCGUGGAUAUUCGUCUGAAGCGUGUUGUUCCUGACCACUAUUGUCAUUACUAUCCAGAAAAUAAGAAACCAAAGCCCAAGUUAAAAGAAUGCAACAUGGAUCCCUGCCCUUCUAGUGAUGGAUUUAAAGAAAUCAUGCCCUAUGAUCACUUCCAGCCACUUCCUCGGUGGGAGCAUAACCCUUGGACUGCAUGUUCAGUUUCCUGUGGCGGUGGCAUUCAGAGGAGAAGUUUUGUGUGCGUAGAGGAGACCAUUCACGGAGAGAUACUGCAAGUGGAAGAAUGGAAAUGCAUGUAUGCCCCUAAGCCCAAGGUCAUUCAAACCUGCAAUCUGUUUGAUUGUCCUAAAUGGGUAGCAAUGGAAUGGUCUCAAUGCACAGUGACCUGUGGCCGAGGCCUGAGGUACCGAGUGGUGCUGUGCAUCGACCAUCGCGGGCAGCAUGUUGGUGGCUGUAACCCACAGCUUAAACUACACAUAAAAGAAGAGUGCAUCGUGCCAAUACCAUGCUACAAGCCAAAAGAAAAGAAUCCGGUGGAAGCAAAGUUGCCAUGGUUUAAACAGGCACAUGAAGUGGAAGAGACCAUAACAGUCUCUGAAGAACCAACGUUUAUUCCUGAACCCUGGUCUCCAUGCAGUGUCACAUGUGGCAGUGGCAUACAGGUGCGAGAUGUGAAGUGCCGAAUUCUUCUCUCAUUUACUCAGACCGAGGUUGAAUUGCCUGAGGAGGAAUGUGAAGAUGUGAAGCCUCCAACAGAACGAGUCUGUCACCAGGCAUCCUGUGACAGUGAUCCUAUCCCCUACACACCAGAGUUUUCACACGCUGAAGAUGGCAGUGUGAUUUAUGACUGGGAAUACAUUGGUUUUACUCCUUGUUCAGCCACAUGUCUUGGAGGAACACAAGAAGCCAUUGCCAUGUGUCUGCAUGUAGAGACAAAACAAGGUGUCAAUGAAACCCUGUGUGACAAUUCCAAGAGGCCUCCACCGAUGGCUCGUACUUGCAAUAUGAAGCUUUGUCCUCCAAGGUGGCACAGUGGCCCCUGGAGACGCUGCUCGGCUACCUGCGGGGUCGGGAUACAGACGAGAGACGUGUCCUGCCGGCAGCAGGGAGGAUCCACUGUUGCUGCCCAAGAGUGCAAAGACAAAAAGCCUCAUUCUUUACAAGCUUGUAACCAGAUUGAUUGUCCCCCUGUUUGGCACGUUGAGGAAUGGCAGCAGUGUUCACGUACUUGUGGAGGAGGGAUUCAGACCCGCAGAGUGUACUGUAAGCAGCUGCUGACAGAUGGAAGUUUCCUGAAACACGCUGAUGACACCUGCCAGAAACCUAAAUUGCCAUCUACUAAACCAUGUGCUAAAGUUGAUUGUCCUCCUCAGCUAGUCUUUGGAGAAUGGUCCAAGUGCUCAGUAAGCUGCGGUGUUGGAAUCCAGAGGAGGAAAGUUGCCUGCCAAAACCUAACAGCAAAGGGCCAAUAUGUCACAUUAAAUGGAUCAAUGUGUAGUGGUCUGUCUCCUUCACUGCUUGUAAGGUCUUGUCAGAUGAAUGACUGCAAUAAGAUUAAACCAAAGCUUCCAGAAAAGUAUUCUGCUCAUGGACCUCAGAUUAUCAGUAUUCACCGAGUGUAUAUUCAGACAAGACAAGAGAAGCGCAUCAACUUCACCAUAGGAAGCCGAGCCUACUUACUUCCCAAAACAUCUGUUGUAAUUAAGUGUCCUGUACGAAGGUUCCAGAAGUCACUUAUCCGAUGGGAGAAAGAUGGACAACACUUACAGAACUCCAAAAGACUUGGCAUCACUAAGUCAGGCUCACUCAAAAUACAUAGUCUUGAAGCUACUGACAUCGGUGUGUACCGAUGUAUUGCAGGCUCUGUGCAUGAGACAUUUGUACUCAAACUCAUUGGUACUGACAACAGACUGAUAGAACCACCAGCUCUUAGAAAACAUGCCAGUGAGACCAGUAACACAGAUCACAACGAAGCAAACAGUUUUGGGGCCAAAUGGCAUAAAAUGAGCAAAAUGUGGCAAAUGUGGAGUAAGAAGAACGAGCUCUAUCUGGGUGACAGGCAAAUAAAUGAUCAGCCGUUCCUGCGAAAUCUUGAAACCUUUGGAAGUAAUUCAGCAGAAGACUUCAGCUCUCGUGAAUUCAAGAAUAAACGUCUGGAGGCAGCAGUUCUCCAGGGCGCCUACAGCAUGGACACCGGGCAGUUUGAAGAACUGAUAAGGAACAUGAGUGAGCUCAUUGAAACUGGAGAGGUCAAUGAUGAUUUGGCAUCCCAGAUCAUUUACCAAUUAGUUGCUGAAUUAUCUAGGCCUCCACAACCAACCACUGAGAAAUGGAAGGGGGCUCAGGGUGAGAAACUCGCCUCAAAACUCACGGGCAAAUCACCAAAUGAAUCUGAACGUUUCAGCACAAAAACUGUUGAUAAGUUAAUGUUUGACCAGAAGGUUCCAGUUAUUAUGAGGCAAAAGGAAAUUCCUCGAGUUUCCUUCAACAAAACUUUAACUGUACGAAUUGGAAAUACAGUUUUUCUGACCAAGAAUACUCAUGCUGUCAAUCUACUGUGUGAAACAGGUGUUAUUAGUGAAGUGAAAUAUACUUGGACAAAAGACGGCGAGACAUUAAAAGCCUCUGAGAAGGUAAUCCUGGACACUGCUGGAAAGGUGCAGAUUCAGAAUCCUACUCAAAAGGAGCUUGGUACAUAUGGAUGCCUUGUUGUUAAUGACUUUGGUUUUGAUAUGGAAACAUCAUUGCUUUUGCGUGCAGAGGUUCCUGUCAUCUUGUCCUCUCUGUUAAAUGUUACAAAUCUGGAAGCCAGCAGUCUCUUGGCAGUUGUUGGAGGUACAAUUGUGGCAAGAAUUGGAGCAAAUAUUGUGGUUGAAUGUCCAGUGAAAG